CAGACACAUGGGUAGUUCCCUUGGAGCCCUGUGUGGUUCACCCGCGGCACGGGGUAGCGUGUGCACGAGUUGCCCCGCGCAUGCUGCCGGCCGCUCUGGUCCUGGCCUUGCCUGAGCAAGGCGUUGGGUUAGGGAAUGACGCCUGCUGGCGCGGCGGCUUCUCCUUCGAAGACUGCUGCAAAGGCCGGGGCAGGCCUGAGUGCUUCGAUGCGCUGUACACAUUCGAGGUCUGCUGCCUGGAUGCCAAGGCUGCGCUGCCACAAGACUGCCACCAAGAUGUGGAAUCCCUGGCAAGGCACUUGCAGUGCAAAGGGACGCAGUGGGUGAAGAAGGAGGACUGGGACAGCUUCUUCCUGGCGCACCAGCUCUCGCAGAGCUUGGGGGCCUCCUAUAAGGGCUGGCCCGACAUCGGGGAGCUGCUUAGGAAGGCCAACGCGACGACUGGGGCGCUGAGGGCCACGGAGGAGGAUUGCCGCUUCGGGUUAGCGGCGCUGCUGCUGCAGGCGCUGCCUAGCCUGGAGCGCGCGGGCGCCCAUGGCGCUGUCCGCGCGGCGUACCGGCGGGCGCGGCGGCUGUCAUUGGCAGGAGGCGAGGACUGCCGCUGGAGGGAGAUGGUGAACCACGCCAUCUUGCAGCACACGGACAUGCUGCUGGGCGCAGACCGACGCUUCCGUGGCUGGUGCCCUGCGAAUGGGCCCAAGAUCUUUGUGUACGAGCUCCCUUUGGCGCGCAACCCGCUCUCCUGCGCGCGGAUCGGCUUUUGGGCCUCUGAGGUAUAUCUGGAGCGUUUCCUCUUCUACAGCGGCUGUCGGACCUCCGACCCUGAGGAGGCAGAUCUCUUCUUCGUCCCGGCGUACCUCACCUGCUGGGAGCUGCAGCAUUCGAAGCCGCUCUCGGCGCUGGCGCGCGCCGAGUUCCUGGACGCGCAGCGCGGGGAGUUGGGGCGCCUGCCGUUCUUGGGGGCCAGGGGCGGCCUGGACCACGUCUUCCUCUUCGGGGCCUCGGCCUGGCAACUUCCAAGGUGGCGCAGCCUGCUGAAGGACUCCAUCGUCCUUGCGGUGGAAUCUCAGCCCAUCGAGUCAGAUGGCACCCCAGAGGACGAGACACGCUGUUGGCAUUGCACCGACUGCUUCCAGCCGUGGAAAGAUCUUGUGGUGCCCCCGGUUACGCCCCUGCCUGGUGCACGCGCCCUGCUGGCCCGAGCCAAGCCUUUCCACGAGCGCCAGCUCCUGAUGACCUGGCACGGGCAGCACGCGGACUCGGAGAGCGCGGCGGUGCGGCGGGCGUAUCGCAUCACCAACGAGACGGUGCGCACCGAGUUGAUCCACCACCUCAGCCACUUACCGGAUGUUUCCAUCGGCUCUCCCAUUUCGGACUAUGCGGGGGUGAUGGGCAACGCGAAGUUCUGCCUUUGUCCCAAAGGAGCAAGCUCUUACACUUCGCGGACCUUCGAAGCCCUUUUUGCUGGCUGCAUCCCAGUGAUUCUCUCCGACCAUGUGCGCCUGCCCUUCGACCACGUGCUGAACUGGUCGGACUUCAGCAUCGCUUGGCCCAUGGCACGCGCCGACAUGAGCCUGUACCACUACUUGCAGAGCUUCGACGAGGCUGAGGCCUUGGCGAUGCAGCAAAGAGGGGCAGAGGCGCGGUGCUGGUUCGACUACUUCGCGCAGGAGCAGGAGCCCCAGCAGUGCUCGCCCUACUUGGCGGUGCUCAUGGCGCUGCAGGGGCGAGCGAUUCGGCGGAAGCGGCAGCACGAGGGGCCCCGGUUGACGGAGAGCGCCAAAGCGCGGAUGAUGCCGGACUCUGGGGCCGGGCCAGGUCCCGGCGCUUCACUGAUCGUGGCCUCGGCAGAAGUUGGAAAUGCGGAGACCGACAAUGUGCCUGCUGGCAAUGCCCAGCGUCAUAUCCACAUGCUGAACGUGCCAUUUUAG